AUGUUGCUUCGAUCUCCACAAAACGCACUACCACGAUGCUGCACUCGCAUCUGCAGUAACCUAUAUUCAACUAUUCCUGAUAACAGCCCGAGUCUCGACGAAAAUGAAGGUUGGUUGAACAGUUUAGCAGGGUCUUCAUCAAUAGUUCCCGAAUUGCCAUCAACGAUGUCCGAUUCCCACAAGGGGAAGCGAUUUGACUACGAGCUGAUAUCUAAAGUGCGUGAUAGGUUUCAUAUUAAGGCGCCCCUGGUCAACUUCACCUCUGUCAAUUACCUCAAACGGUUCAACAACCACAUCCAUCAUCAAACGCAGAAUAACUUCAUCGAUCUACGAAUCAUUCAAUGCAAAAGUGGGAGGGGUGGGAAUGGCGCCAUAUCAUUCCACCGGGACGCUAAUCGACGGGUGGGGCCCCCGAACGGCGGUGAUGGAGGGCAAGGUGGCAGCGUAUACGUGCAAGCCGUGGAGGGAAUGAACUCUCUGGCGAAACUGAAGGCCAAGUAUACUGCCGGUGAGGGUUCCGAUGGUGGGUCGGACCAGUUGGACGGGGCCUCCGGUAAAGACCUCCUAAUUAAAGUGCCUAUAGGUACUACGGUUCGGUGGUGCUUAAAUCCAAAGGAGGUAAGGGAUAUUGUAGGGCGGGAAAUGGGGAAAGAUCUGAGCAAGAGUUUGAAAGAAGUUUUGGACACGGUUCAAGUUCCAGUUCAAUGUGACGCGCAAGAACAGAUCCUAUUGCACAGAGAGGACUACGAACCGGGGAAAGGCUGGAUUUUCAAGGACAAGACGGAGGAGUACCAUAAACAGAAGCAAUGGUUCACCGAAUUCAACGAGAAGAUGAUGCAAUACGACAAGGAAGUGAAAAGAGAGGAGUUCUUUCAAGACCACUUCCCUUUGUUUGGAAUCGAUCUUGACAAUAUAACCGAGAAACCGAUCAGAAUACUGAAGGGCGGCCACGGCGGAUUGGGAAACAUGCACUUCCUCACCAGUAUGAUCAGAAACCCACGGUUUGCAAAGCAGGGCAGGUCAGGUAUAGAGGCGCAUUUUUUGUUUGAACUGAAAGUCAUCGCGGACCUUGGGCUCGUCGGGUUACCCAACGCUGGGAAGUCGACCAUUCUAAACUGCAUCUCCAAUGCCAAACCGGAGAUCGGCCACUGGGAAUUUACCACCCUCGUACCCACCAUCGGAACAGUCAUGAGAAAUGCACAUACAGGAGACAGUUUUACCGUUGCAGACAUCCCAGGAAUUGUCAAAGACGCACGGCUGGAUAGAGGCAUGGGACUUGAAUUUUUGAAGCACAUUGAAAGGUCCAAGGGCUGGAUCUUUGUCGUCUCCCUUGAAAACACGGACCCUGUCCAGGACCUAUUAACCCUGAUCGGAGAAGUCGGUGGCCUGGAGAAAGUGAAUCAAAAGAAAAUUCUCGUUGUAGGAAACAAGGCAGAUACGGACCCAAAUACAAACUCGACACAACAGAAGUUUCUCUCAUUGCAAGAGUUCUGCCUACAAAACGAAUGGGACAGCAUCCCAAUCAGCGCACUGAAAAAACAUAAUAUCGAGCUGCUCGUGCAGAAGAUGGAGCAAUUGGCCUGA